AACUUGUAGCGCCACACCACAACAUUUCCUACCACUAUUCUUGCUCGCUUCCUCGUUUUCCCGAAGAAAAACCAGGAACAGAAAGGGAAAAGGGGCUUUAUCCAUAUUCAUAGCAAGAAAAGAAGAAGAGCCAUCCCCAUGUCUCAAUCCACAUGAGUUCAGAUUUUGCAUUACAAAUUCCUGCUGAGCUCGAGACAGCUCUGCGGUUGAAGACUGUGCAGUACUUGGUUACAAAGAGACCGUGGCUCGAUCUCUAUGGGGUUAAUGUUCGACCUGUUGCACCAUACGGAAGUGCUAGCAGAAGGGUAAAUGUUGAUCCAGCGUUGAUACACAGAUGCUUGCCCGAUGAGCUGCUCUUUGAGGUAUUUUCACGAAUGGCUCCUUAUGAUUUGGGAAGGGCAGCUUGUGUUUGUCGAAAAUGGAGAUACACUCUUCGUAACCCCAUGUUUUGGCGCAAUGCUUGCCUAAAGGCUUGGCAGCUGUCUGGAAUGGUUGAGAACUAUAAAAUUUUGCAAUCAAAGUAUGAGAGCUCGUGGAGGAAAAUGUGGAUUUUGAGGCCAAGGAUCCGUAUUGAUGGUCUCUAUGUCAGUAGGAACACCUAUAUUCAUGCUGGCGUGCGAGAGUGGACCGUCACCAAUCCAGUUCACUUGGUUUGCUACUACCGUUACAUGAGAUUUUUUCCUUCUGGCAGGUUCCUUUACAAGACUUCUGGUCAAACAGUAAAGGAAGUUGUGAAAUGCAUGAGUUUUCGUGCUUCUAAAACAGAUGGUGUUUUCAGUGGCCCCUACACACUGACAGAUGACAAGGUUGAAGCCACUUUCAUGUACCCUGGUUUGUGUCCCACCAUGUGGAGAGCCUGCUUGAGGUUGAGGGGGACAACUUUAGGGGCCAACAAUAGGAUGGAUUUACUCUCACUUUCUACAAGUAAAGUGAACAGUGAUGGGAUAAUUGAGCCAGGGGCGGACAUUCUUGGACCAGUUGAGUUGCAAGAGAGUGUGAUUUCACGGAUAUCACACCAGAGGGGUCUAGCUCCUUUCGCAUUUGUUCCAUUUGAAGAGGUGGAAGCAUCAGUUUUGAACCUGCCCGUGGAAAAGAUGGAUUAUUAUGUACCUGGCUAGAAUCGGGAUCCUUAUCAUUUGUAAAUAUGUAGUUAUACCGAAGAAGUAUGUUGUAUCAUAUGGUGAAUUAUAUUUUUUUUUGCCUUGUGUUCGUUGAACUAAAUUUGUAUUUAUCAGAUGAAAUGUUGUGUUGUGUACCAA